ACAAAGGGGCUCCUCUGGGGAGGGUAGGGGUAGAUGAGAGUGAGGACUUGGAUCUGCCUGCCAGGCCAUCCUGGGCACUGCAAGAAGCAACAUGACUUAGGUAACUCUGCCCAGAGGUCCCAGGCAUCUCCAAGGCCCUGGCCCUCUCCCCAGGUGCACCAGCCAUGAUGCAGCAGCCGCGAGUGGAGACAGAUACCAUCGGGGCUGGUGAGGGGCCACAGCAGACAGCGCCCUGGUCGGCCUGGUUCACACGGCAAGGCUGGGUGCGCUGGUUGGCAUCCCAUGUGCCCCGGAGCUGGAUUCAGUGGUGGAACACCUCAAGCUGGCAGCAACCGCUGCAGCGCCUGCUGUGGGGUCUGGAGGGGAUACUCUACCUGCUGCUGGCACUGAUGCUGUGCCAUGCACUUUUCACCACUGGCUCCUACCUGCUGAGCUCCUUGUGGCCCGUUGUGGCCGCGGUGUGGCGCCAUGUGCUGCCGGCUCUCCUGCUGCUGUUGCUCAGUGCCCUGCCCGCCCUCCUCUUCAUGGCAUCCUUCCUGCUGCUCUUCUCCACGCUGCUGAGCCUUGUGGGCCUCCUCACCUCCAUGACUCACCCAGCCUACGCUCAGGACUUGGAUCAAUAGAAGGGCAACUCCAUCCCGCUGCCUGCAUCUGUUGAGCCCUGGCCUAGAGCCUGAGACCCUGCUGGGAGAGGAAGGGCAACGGGACCAGGACCCCCUGGAUUGACAGGCCCCAGACCUCCAGUCCCUAACAGGUAGACUGGCCUGACCCCUGGGCACCUUCCUCAAGCCAUUGCUGCAGCUUCAUGGUGUGAGGGGCGGGGGGCUUUGAGAAGAGGGGCCAAGACAGAUGGUUUAGCCAUUGGUAGAAACGGCUUAGCCAGGGGCAGAGCCUGGCCAAGCCACCAAGAGCGCCCAUGUGGAUUUGGUGAUACCCGUGAAGCCCCCUCGGCAACUGACAGCAUCGUUUUCUCACAGCCACUCAGCUGUCUCAGCUUCAGACUCACUGAGAACUUCUACCUGGGUACCCCUGGUCUUGCCAUUCCUCCCACCAAUCCCCUCUUUCCAUUUCCAGGAGAACCACAGACUCUAGAGAGCGUCGCAGUGACAGAAAACCUAUCAGGGAGAAGGCUGACCAGAAGCCCCAGGAAACCUCAACUCACUCGCCUUCCAGACCUUGCAACCCAUUCAUCGUCCUCCCUAGACUUCCUUCUUCCUGCCUCAGUCCACAUUCCCAAGUCUGAGAAAUGGACCAACUGGGGUCAGAUAGUACGAACUCACUCUCUAAGAGUCCCAAGGUCUGUUAUGGAAAAAUGGUCAAGAAGUCCCAUUUCACCCACUUACACAAUGUGUGGCCUUGGCCAAUUAAUUCAUUUGAGCCUCAGUGUUAGGUGGGCCACCCCUGUCAUGGGGUUGUUGUGAGUCAAGGGCAAUAUCUGUUUGUGAAGCAUUUUGUAAAAACCAAAAAGCUGUAAGAUGCUGUUUUGAGCUCUAAGAAUAUUCCGUAUGCUCAAAAGAUCUUUUGACCCCAAAGACUGCUGAAGAAAUAGGAAGCUUCUCUGGCUUUCAGAUCAAUUCUCUGUCCUAGAUAGAAUUUUGGCCCUAGAAUGGUUAACAAGAGGCUGGAUAAGUGUGGACAAGAUGUAAAAGGUCAUGUGCCAUGAAAUCUCAAAAUGUGCAGAUGUGGAACUAUUUUGAUUGUGAAAUGCUUGGGCCUGGGGCUGGGUGCCAGGAGAUGGUUGCACAGCUCUGUGAGUGGGGGGAGCAUAACCUCAGGGUUUCCAAAACUGACCCAGCAAGCCACUCAGGCACCAGAAGGGCCUUGGAAGGGGAAAUCCUUUGAUGCCCUGAAUGCUGACCAUUUGUUUGCCUGCUGGCCCCUCCAACAAAACAUUGAGUGAUCGGUUAUCACCAAGUAAGGUACAUGAUAGACAACUUUAUCCACACGUGACCCCCACCCAAUCCCUGGCCAUCCCCAACUCCCGCCCACUUCUGAUCCCUGCUUUAUAUGUAACCCUAAAAUCCUUGCUCUUGAAGCCCCAGACCCAACGUCCCCCUCUCUUGCCCCAUAAAUACUUAGGCCCUUGGGACCAGCCCCUAGAACCCUGGUUCAUUUUUGCCUUAGAGUUUUUCGACCCUCCGUGCCACUGGUUAGAUGACUUCAGCAUCAGUGCCCAAAACCCAAGGUCCAGUUCUUCCUUCCUGUUUCUUUGUAGUUCUCUCUGAAUUAUGGCCUGGUAGUGAGGGCGAGGUGGGACAUGGAGCUGACGUGCCUCAUGGUUAGAUGGUUUUGGUGUAUGAGCUGAGGCUGGGCUUGAAUCCCAGAACUCUCACUUACUACCUCCAUUGCCUUAGCAGAAAUUGCUAAACCUUGCUCAACCUCACUUUCCUUAUGGGUAAAACUAAAGCAAGAGCCCCUGUCUCACGGCUUCUGGCAUGCAAGUGAAGGACUGGGACCGCUCCUAGCACCACAAACUAUAGCUAUCCUGUGAACAUCCCAUUUUAGAGAGGAGAAGUCAGGCCCAGGAUAGUCAUUGACCAGUGGCAAGGCAAGGCCAUCUGACUCCUACCAGGCUACUCAAGGGAAGGUGAACGGCGCAAAGGAAAUACAAACAACUAAACUGAAGACUCCAUGGCUUCUCAAGAGCUCCUAUCAGAGCUAAAGCCCACGUCUAGGGAGGUUAUGAGCCAAAUCAAUCUAGACAUCUGGUGGGCUGAGGAUUCAGGGUCCCACGUAGUGAGGACAGAGACCAGGUUGCCUGGCCUGGAUCCGUUAUUGACUUGGUCAUGCAUUGCUAGCCAGGGACAUUGCUCUGGAACCUCGGGUCCAUUCCAACGAAGGGAGAGAGGAGUUUUGGGCCCUUAUCAUAGGCACUGGUGGAUGAGAUGUGGGCAGGAACAAGAAGACUUUCUUCCUUUCCCCACAGAAUAUAUACAUUUUACCCUCCUGCCCAGCUGGUAUGGGGUAAGGAGGUGCAGCCAGACUGGAAAGCAGAUGGGCAAUACUCAACAAAUUAGAUCAACAUAUACCCUAGGACCCAGAACCCCAGAAUGAAUUUUCACAGAGGCCUAUAAAAGUCUUGCUCCCCAAAAUGUGGUCCCAGAAUCAGCAAAAAAGGCAUCACCUAGAAGCUAGUUGGAAAUGCAGUCUCAGGCCCUGCUCCAGACCGGCUGAAUCAGAGCCUGCAUUUCGUUUCUUUUUUUUUUGAGACAGAGUCUCACUCUGUUGUCCAGACGGGAUUGCAGUGGUGCAAUCUUGGUUCACUGCACUCUGCCUCUCAGGUUCAAGUGAUUCUCCUGCCUCAGCCUCCUGAGUAGCUGGGAUUACAGGCACCCGCCAACAUGUCUGGCUAAUUUUUGUAUUUUUAGUAGAGACAGGGUUUCACCAUGGCCAGGCUGGUCUUGAAUUUCUGACCUCAGGUGAUCCGCCCACCUCAGCCUCCCAAAGUGCUAGGAUUACAGCAUUAGCCACGGUGCCGAGCCAAGAGCCCACAUUUUAACAAGAUUCCCAGGUGAUAAAUUGCACCCUGUUUGAGAAGCGAAGCGUAAGAGGGUAUUAUGAGAAUGCCUAUUGCACUGUUACUAGUGGGAGCAGGGUAGGUAAAGGGAAGGGUAAAACAAGGUAGAUGGGCCCUCUGGAAAGGAGGCAGCAGUUAGAAGGGGCAGAAGGUACACAGACCAAUCUUAACAUCUUAGCAUUGAAUAAGAAAUGGAACGAUAAUUCCUUUUACACAAAUUUAAAAGGCAUUUCAGCAAAACAAGACACUUUUUGGCGAGAACACGUAAAAAUGAAAGAUAAACAGAAUGAAAUGAACAACUCUAGGGGCAGGCAAAUGGGGGUAGGGUAUAGGGAUAGCAGGCAAUAAAGCUCGAGACUUUGCAGAGGCAAAACGUG